AUGAACGAUUUCUUCAAAUCACCUCAUCUGAUGUGGUGGAUUCUCGUACCAGUUGCUCUCUUGAUUAAUUUUAUGACAUGGUAUGAUGCACAUUGGUUCGGUCAGUUCGGUGUGUCAGGAAAAUUCUUGGAACUUCUAGGCGUACGUUUCCCAUCGUUCUUCAUAGCAACCAACUUGUUCGCACUGAUAGCACAUCUCGGCGAAUCAAUGUAUUCUCUAAAAUUGUGCAAUCUGCUGCGUAUAUCACGAAAUAAUACGUUAAAAUGGAUGCUGCAAACAUUUAUUCUUGGUUAUCCAUCACUACGAAUACUUCUAAGUCGUAAUGUCAUGUCUCGGCAUCGUUGA